GUAACCCAUGUUGCAUCAAUUUGAUGUCUAUCAUAUUAAAUUGCCUAUUGCGGAAGGGUUUUUCAAAGAUAUCACAACAUUUGGUGGAUAUUUGUACAAAGUGGGCCAAAAUAAAAUCAAUCCUAAAGUGGGCCAAAAUACCUCUGUUACCCUAUUACCCGAAUAAGUUAAUAAAUUUCACUUCGCCGGAAGUAAGUAGUUUUGAAAUAUAAAGCGUAAAAUACUCCCCACUUGAAAUAUUUAAAGAUUCACAUUGCUACCCCUCAAUAAAUUUUUUACGUAUCCGUCAGCAAAUGCACGCACCGUCAGCGUUGCCAGGUCAUUUUUCCAAAAAUCUGUCUCUGAUCGGGCUUCUUUUUUAAUGAACAAAAAAAGGUCUAACCAUCUAUCGUAUAAAGGCCAAAAGCGUGAAGAUCUGACGAAAUCUGAGGAAAUUUGUAAAAUCUGGCAAAAGAUCUGGUUAGUUAGAGUGUCUGGCGCCACGAGAAAAAUCUGGCAUUUACCACAUAAAUCUGUCAACCUGCCAACGCUGCGCACCUUGCCGUGUCGCUGUCAGUUCGCAUCAUUUAUAUUACACAGCUUUAUAAAAAACGUUCUGUGCUCUCUUCUGCGCAGCAAAAGUGUAUUGUUAAAUGUGUUGUUGUUAAAUAUUACCCAUUGUUGGCCGAUCUGUUUCUGCUAAUUGGUAAAUCUGAACAAUACAAUUCACUAAAGCAGCUUUGUUUCAGGAGAGCUGACUAAAAAACAAUGUUCGGUACCCCGACCAUCGGCGCAGCGUCCGCCUUCGGGCCAACCACGACGGCACCGUCAAAUCCGAUGAAAGAUUUUGAAGUAACUUCCCCACCGGAGGAUACCGUGUCAGCGAUGGAGUUUAGUCCAGCUACUCUACAGCAGAAUUUUUUGAUUGCCGGUAGCUGGGAUUGCAGUGUGCGAUGCUGGGAGGUUGAACAAAGCGGCAAAACGGUGGGAAAAUCAAUCAAAACUAUGGGCGGUCCCGUUCUUGAUGUUUGCUGGGCAGACGAUGGCACUAAAGUGUUUAUCGCGUCCGCCGACAAACAAGUUAAAUGUUGGGAUCUGGCAUCGGAUCAGUUAGCGCAGGUGGCACAACAUGAUGCUCCGAUCAAAACUUGUCACUGGGUCAAAGGAACCAACUAUACAUGUCUGAUGACCGGUUCGUGGGAUAAGACGCUAAAAUUCUGGGACACCCGAACACCGCAACCGAUGAUGUCGAUUCAAUUGCCUGAACGGUGUUAUUGCGCAGAUGUCGACUAUCCCAUGGCCGUAGUGGGUACUGCCGGACGACAUGUCCUCAUUUACUCACUGGAAAAUAAGCCGACUCAAUACAAGCAGCAAGAAAGUCCACUCAAGUACCAACAUCGUACCGUUUCCAUCUUUCGGGACAAGAAAAAAACUCCCACGGGCUAUGCACUAGGAUCAAUCGAGGGACGUGUGGCCAUUCAGUAUGUAAAUCCAAUCAAUCCAAAAGAUAAUUUUACAUUCAAAUGUCACCGGUCAAACGGUUCUAACGGCUACCAGGACAUUUAUGCCGUCAACGAUAUUGCGUUCCAUCCGAUACACGGAACAUUGGCCACUGUUGGUUCUGAUGGGACAUUCAGCUUUUGGGAUAAGGACGCCAGAACCAAGCUCAAGUCUUCGGAAACAAUGGAUCAAUCGAUUACCAAGUGCUGUUUUAAUGCAAAUGGCCAAAUCUUUGCCUACACCGUGGGAUAUGAUUGGUCUAAAGGACAUGAGUACAACAACCCUCAGAAGAAAACGCACAUCUUUUUGCGUUCAUGCUAUGAGGAGCUUAAACCACGAGCCACUAGUUAAAAGAUCAGUGCUGUGAAUUAUCGCUGAUAGAAAUAAACCCAAAUUCGCUAGAUCUAAA